UUUAAUUUCACACACCUUUUAUUUUUUCCUUUCCAAAUCCCCCAACUAAACACACUAUAAAGGACAUAAAUUUGGCAAAAUGGACAAGGGGACCACCACCAGCAAUGUUCCAAAAGUAUAUUUGCAAAUCCAAAUCUUGGACCCUCAGUGGGAUGAAGUGUCUGCCAGUUGGGGUUACGCGGCCCAGUCUGAGUGGUCCAUUCCGCUAGUGCCCCCAGGAAGGAAGGAAGGAGCGUGUGGCUUAAAUGCAGCAUUCACAUGCAUGCAAUGAGGUACACUAUAUCCUAUCUAAUGACUACUCCUAAAACCAAAAACAUAUAUAUGAGAGAGAGAGAGAGAGAACAGAGUUUCCAACAAAGCUGAUCUUGAUAUGCCACCAACAGCAACCGAAAUCAACCACAUCUAUCCAUACCAAAAAAAAAAACAACGCCCAAUAAGUACACAUUAAUGUGUGUUUGGGAGGGGAAAGAUUCAGUACACACCUAAGAAAAGAAAAUGAGAGCUCCAUUGCACCUUGAGAGAUAAAAAAGACGAGGAAAAUGAAAAUGGUAAUGACAGACGAGAAAGUUCUGUUUCAUGUGUAUGAAGAAGAGAAAUUUUAAGAUCUUGGAAGAGAAAGUGAGAACCUUUGAGAGAGUCAUAAUGCCAGCACCUCUUGCUCCAUAUCCAACCCCUACAGCAACAUUCACACCUCCUGCAAAUGGUGCACAAAGCCAGCUCGUGUGUUCCGGAUGUCAAAACCUUUUGCUCUAUCCAGUUGGAGCAACCUCUAUAUGUUGUGCUGUUUGCAAUGCUGUCACAGCUGUGCCACCUCCUGGCACGGAAAUGGCUCAGUUGGUUUGUGGAGGCUGUCACACCUUACUCAUGUACAUUCGAGGAGCGACAAGCGUUCAGUGUUCUUGUUGUCAUACCAUCAAUUUAGCCAUGGAAGCAAAUCAGGUGGCACAUGUCAACUGUGGGAACUGCCGGAUGCUGCUAAUGUACCAAUACGGAGCACGGUCAGUGAAAUGUGCAGUUUGCAAUUUUGUGACAUCAGUUGGGCAGCAGGCAGCAGCAAGCACUACUGAGCAAAAAUUCAACACCUAAAUUCGUGAGACAGUUGAGUCGGUUACUACAAACACUUCUACAAUAUCGGUUUCUCAUCUUCCAGUGUCCCUAGUACUUGCCAUCUCUGAACAAGCACAACAUUUCUCUAGCUACUUGUAUAGACUAUUAUGAAUAAGAAAUGUUGGCAAGUCAGAUGUAUGAGAAAGUAUUGUGCAAUAAAGACUUUGAGGUUACGUGUGCAUUUGAAUGUUCUUGGAUACGAAAAAACUUCAUUUCCCUUUACUUUUAGAUUA